CAACUGUAUUGGCAAUGUCAUUAUAUUUCAAAAACUUUAUUGAAUAUUAAUUAUUAUUAGUUUACAAUUGUACUCGGUAGUUUGUAGCCAUAAUGGGCUGUUUAUAUUCAAAGAAUGAGAAUGAGGACGAAGGCAUAUACGACAUGACGCCGAUCAGAAACCUUCCAGUGAUCUUCGUGAACGGCGUCCCCGGCGCCGGGAACCAGACUGUGGCGGAAACCAUUUCCAACAUCACCGGGUACACCAUGAUCAGGCCUGGAGACCUGGUGCGGGCUGAGGCCGAAAAGGACACAGCUAGAGGCCGGUUGAUAGCUGAUAGGCUGAACGCACAGGAUGAGGUUCCUGAGCAACUGACGGUAGACCUGAUCAAGGAGGAAAUGCUGCAGCAGCAAGACUGUAAGGGCUUCAUCCUGGUUAGCUUCCCCAAGAGCUCCCGCAUGUCCAGCAUGUUCCAUCGCCAAGUGAAAUGGCCGGAGAAGAUCGUCGCCCUGGAAGUUGAUAAUGAGGUGGCAGCGACCCGACUUCAGGCCAAGCUCUCUGAACUGGGCAGACCAGAGUCAGACAUAAACUCCGCGAGGCAGAUAGUCAGAGAAGCGGCACAGAAAGUCAAGAGCGUACACAAGAGGCUUGGAGGACACAUUGUUACGUUGGACAGUACCAGUAACCCGAAAGCGCUAGCAUCCACUCUAGAAGAGAUUCUGUCGGACAUGCUGGAGACUACCGACAAGGAAGGAGAAACCAGCUCGCAACAGGAGACACAGGAAAACCAGGAGAGACAGGAACAUGGAAGACAGGAACAGGGAAGGCAGGAACAGGGAAGUUUCGGCUGUCCAUAA